GACUUUACAACCUCAGAGAAAGUGGAAGUAAGAAGGAUUAGGUGGGCAGGCAGGACGAGAGAAAGACUGAGAGGAGGGAAAGCCGCGUAGGUGGGAGUACAGCGGAGCGAGGGUCGAGGGGGAACCCUCGUCGGUGCAGAUGAGGAGGGUGGGCUUUCAGAACUAGUCCCCCCUCGCACCCCGCCCCGCCCCUCCCGCGCUGGGGUCUCCACGGUGCCCUGCCUCAGAGCCCGGCUCCACCACGCCCGGAAGAGGGAGUCUGGCCGUCGGCUGGCUCAGGGCGGGCCGGUUGGCUGUACCCAGGCUCCCUGGCCCGAGUGCGGGACGAGAGCGCGGGGCGGCGCGGCAGCAGCGGACCGAGGAGGGGCUGCGAGCGAAACGGCGCGGCGCGGCACGGCGGACGAGUUAGGGCCGGGGCGAGGGAGGCUGUGGCUCCCGACAGGGACAGGGGAGUAGUGUCGGGCUGAGGCGAGACAGCCCGGUAGAGCCCAGCUCAGCGCCCGGCAGCCUUCGACGCGAUGUUCCGCCGGAGCUUGAAUCGUUUUUGUGCUGGAGAAGAGAAACGAGUUGGCACACGCACAGUGUUUGUUGGCAAUCAUCCAGUUUCGGAAACAGAAGCUUACAUUGCACAAAGAUUUUGUGAUAAUAGAAUAGUCUCAUCUAAGUAUACACUUUGGAAUUUUCUCCCAAAGAAUCUGUUUGAACAGUUUAGAAGAAUUGCAAAUUUUUAUUUUCUCAUAAUUUUCCUUGUACAGGUCACAGUAGACACACCAACUAGCCCAGUUACCAGUGGACUUCCACUUUUCUUUGUUAUAACUGUUACAGCCAUCAAGCAGGGAUAUGAGGAUUGGCUGAGACACAGAGCUGACAAUGAAGUCAACAAAAGCACUGUUUACAUUAUUGAAAAUGCAAAGCGAGUGAGAAAAGAAAGUGAAAAAAUCAAGGUUGGUGAUGUAGUAGAAGUACAGGCAGAUGAAACCUUUCCCUGUGAUCUUAUUCUUCUAUCAUCUUGCACCACUGAUGGAACCUGUUAUGUCACUACAGCCAGUCUUGAUGGGGAAUCCAAUUGCAAGACACAUUAUGCAGUACGUGAUACCAUUGCACUGUGUACAGCAGAAUCCAUCGAUACCCUCCGAGCAGCAAUUGAAUGUGAACAGCCUCAACCUGACCUCUACAAAUUUGUUGGGCGAAUCAAUAUCUACAGUAAUAGUCUUGAGGCUGUUGCCAGGUCUUUGGGACCUGAAAAUCUCUUGCUGAAAGGAGCUACGCUAAAAAAUACCGAGAAGAUAUAUGGAGUUGCUGUUUACACUGGAAUGGAAACCAAAAUGGCUUUGAACUACCAAGGGAAAUCUCAGAAACGUUCUGCUGUUGAAAAAUCUAUUAAUGCUUUCCUGAUUGUAUAUUUAUUUAUCUUACUGACCAAAGCUGCAGUAUGCACUACUCUAAAGUAUGUUUGGCAAAGUACCCCAUACAAUGAUGAACCUUGGUAUAACCAAAAGACUCAGAAAGAGCGAGAGACCUUGAAGGUUUUAAAAAUGUUCACCGACUUCCUGUCAUUUAUGGUUCUAUUCAACUUUAUCAUUCCUGUCUCCAUGUACGUCACAGUAGAAAUGCAGAAAUUCUUGGGCUCCUUCUUCAUCUCAUGGGAUAAGGACUUUUAUGAUGAAGAAAUUAAUGAAGGAGCCCUGGUUAACACAUCAGACCUUAAUGAAGAACUUGGUCAGGUGGAUUAUGUAUUUACAGAUAAGACUGGAACACUCACUGAAAACAGCAUGGAAUUCAUUGAAUGCUGCAUAGAUGGCCACAAAUAUAAAGGUGUAACUCAAGAGGUUGAUGGAUUAUCUCAAACUGAUGGAACUUUAACAUAUGUUGACAAAGAAGAUAAGAAUCGAGAAGAGCUGUUUCUACGUGCCUUGUGUUUAUGUCAUACUGUAGAAAUCAAAACAAACGAUGCUGUUGAUGGAGCUACAGAAUCAGCUGAAUUAACCUAUAUUUCCUCUUCACCAGAUGAAAUAGCUUUGGUGAAAGGAGCUAAAAGGUACGGGUUCACAUUUUUAGGAAAUCGAAAUGGAUAUAUGAGAGUAGAGAACCAAAGAAAAGAAAUAGAAGAAUAUGAACUUCUUCACACCUUAAACUUUGAUGCUGUCCGGCGACGUAUGAGUGUAAUUGUGAAGACUCAAGAAGGAGACAUACUUCUCUUUUGUAAAGGAGCAGACUCGGCAGUUUUUCCCAGAGUGCAAAAUCAUGAAAUUGAGUUAACUAAAGUCCAUGUGGAACGUAAUGCAAUGGAUGGGUAUCGGACACUCUGUGUAGCCUUCAAAGAAAUUGCUCCGGAUGAUUAUGAAAGAAUUAACAGACAGCUUAUAGAGGCAAAAAUGGCCUUACAAGACAGAGAAGAAAAAAUGGAAAAAGUUUUCGAUGAUAUUGAGACAAACAUGAAUUUAAUUGGAGCCACUGCAGUUGAAGACAAGCUACAAGAUCAAGCUGCAGAGACCAUUGAAGCUCUGCAUGCAGCAGGCCUGAAAGUCUGGGUGCUCACUGGGGACAAGAUGGAGACAGCUAAAUCCACAUGCUAUGCCUGCCGCCUUUUCCAGACCAACACUGAGCUCUUAGAACUAACCACAAAAACCAUUGAAGAAAGUGAAAGGAAAGAAGAUCGAUUACAUGAAUUAUUGAUAGAAUAUCGUAAGAAAUUGCUGCAUGAGUUUCCUAAAAGUACUAGAAGCUUUAAAAAAGCAUGGACAGAGCAUCAGGAAUAUGGAUUAAUCAUAGAUGGCUCCACAUUGUCACUCAUACUAAAUUCUAGUCAAGACUCUAGUUCAAACAAUUACAAAAGCAUUUUCCUACAAAUAUGUAUGAAGUGUACUGCAGUGCUCUGCUGUCGGAUGGCACCAUUACAGAAAGCCCAGAUUGUCAGAAUGGUGAAGAAUUUAAAAGGCAGCCCAAUAACUCUGUCGAUAGGUGAUGGUGCCAAUGAUGUUAGUAUGAUCUUGGAAUCCCAUGUGGGAAUAGGUAUUAAAGGCAAAGAAGGUCGCCAAGCAGCUAGGAAUAGCGAUUAUUCUGUUCCAAAGUUUAAACACUUAAAGAAACUGCUGUUGGCUCAUGGACAUCUAUAUUAUGUGAGAAUAGCACACCUUGUACAGUACUUCUUCUAUAAGAACCUUUGUUUCAUUUUGCCACAGUUUUUGUACCAGUUCUUCUGUGGAUUCUCACAACAGCCACUGUAUGAUGCUGCUUACCUUACAAUGUACAAUAUCUGCUUCACAUCCUUGCCCAUCCUGGCCUAUAGUCUACUGGAACAGCACAUCAACAUUGACACUCUGACCUCAGAUCCCCGAUUGUAUAUGAAAAUUUCUGGCAAUGCCAUGCUACAGUUGGGCCCCUUCUUAUAUUGGACAUUUCUGGCUGCCUUUGAAGGGACAGUGUUCUUCUUUGGGACUUACUUUCUUUUUCAGACUGCAUCCCUAGAAGAAAAUGGAAAGGUAUACGGAAACUGGACUUUUGGAACCAUUGUUUUUACAGUCUUAGUAUUCACUGUAACCCUGAAGCUUGCCUUGGAUACCCGAUUCUGGACGUGGAUAAAUCACUUUGUGAUUUGGGGUUCUUUAGCCUUCUAUGUAUUUUUCUCAUUCUUCUGGGGAGGAAUUAUUUGGCCUUUUCUCAAGCAACAGAGAAUGUAUUUUGUAUUUGCCCAAAUGCUGUCUUCUGUAUCCACAUGGUUGGCUAUAAUUCUUCUAAUAUUUAUCAGCCUGUUCCCUGAGAUUCUUCUGAUAGUAUUAAAGAAUGUAAGAAGAAGAAGUGCCAGGAAUCCGAAUCUUGAACUGCCUAUGUUAUUGUCCUACAAGCAUACUGACAGUGGUUACAGCUAAAAAAGAAAGCAUGAAGAAACAACUACAAAAAGUUAUCAUCUCAGGAUACUUGAUAUGCAACACACUAAACCACUCUCAUGUCUAGAAUUCACAAUAAAUGUUCAUUAAAAUACCAAAUGAUUCUCUUAAGCAUUUACCAUUAUUGUAAGUAGCCUUUAUGGCCAAAGCUGUAAGUUAAGAAUUAUAUGAAAGUUGAAAGCAAGAAUACUUAGAAUUCUGGCUUUAGAUAGAGUAAUAUAACUCAAAUGGGUGCUCUUUUAACCCAUGAACUUUGUGAAUGGAUUUAAAUACAAUAGUAUGAAGUAGAAGUUAUGCAAUGAGAAUGAAUAGAUUUUGCUAAUACUACUUUUUUUGCCUGGCAGAAGAAAUAGACUAUUUGGAUCACAUUUCUCAUUCCUCCUAAAUGAUCAUCUUAAUUUUUUUUCCAAAGUACAUAAGGAAUACUUGAAAAUACAGAAUAACUAAAUAGUAUCAAUGCAUCAGACAGAAUAGUUAAUCCCUUCUGUUUACCCACGUGCUACUAAUGUCUUGGUAGAAUAUUCUUGCCAAAAAAAUACCUUGAACGCUUAUGUGGAAAGUGUUAACUUACGGGUAUUUUUGUGGGAAUAGAAAAAAAUUCUUUAUUUUUUAUUCUUCUGAAUUAAACCCCACUUAUGGGUGUAAGCCUACUAGACUUGAAAAUAAGGUAUAAAACAUUUCCAAUCACUUAGUAGCCCCUCAAAGUAGUUAGAAAAUAAACAGAUUUUUCCGGUGUUGAUUUUACUGGGAUCUGCAGUAAGGUGGUUUAAACCAUAGUUAUAUAAAAAUAAAGGUCAUUCUGAAUAUCAGCCUUUUAUAAUUUUAUGUGAAGAGGAAGAAAAAUAGCUUAUUUUAAAGUUUUGACAGUUUUUAUUUGAAAGAGAUUGCAUUUAUGCAUAUAUGCAGUGCUUUUUCUUAAACUUGGCCAAUUUGGAAAGGGGGAAGGAGCCACCCCAAAACGGUGGUUCAGCUUGUAGAGCCAUGACUCUGUGAAGAUGAAUGUUGUCUCUUAACUUGGACAGGGAAAUGGUCUAACUCUAAACCAUGAAACUGACCUUAGUAAAGUCCUUGACUAACUGAACUAGAAGGAAGGUUUAGCCUUCUAAUUAGUUCACUUGAAACAUAAAUGUGAAAUGUCUUCAUUCAAUGUUAAACACAUACUUUUUUGGAUAUAAAUGACCAUAUUUAUUUGACUGCUGUUUUUUUUUUUUUUUUUUGUCUUUCUGGCAUGCCUGUACUAUUAUUAAUGUUUAUAUUGUACCUUGAUUUGGAAAAGUAUUGGAGUUAAUCUGUAUUAUAUUUAUAUAGUCCAUAUGGCACAUUUGAUUCUUCCACAUAUAUUUUGUGUUAAUGUUUAGGUAUGAUUUUUUUCUAAAUUCUAGAAAAGAACAUAAUUUCAGUUAUCAGAAGCCAUUCCAUCAUUAUAGACCCUUUUUCAUUAUUUCAUUUGCUCUCAUAUAUCAGUAUUAUUUUUGAGCAUUUUGUUACACGUCAUUCACAACUUACCUAAGUGUGCUGUGUUCUGGUAGCCCGUAUUUGAGGUAAGCUGCUGAAAACAAAAGUCUCUAUAUUCUUUGCCUAUUCCAAAGAGCUAAAAAAGUCUAACCCAGGAAAGCUUUUGAUAUUUUGUGUUUGUUUUCUUGUUCUUAUGGUUGUUGUUGCUGUAUUAUUAUUGCUGUUUUACAUAAAAUCUAUGGGAACUGUGAAUACAGACAAGAGAGCCACAGUAGAGAGGCUUGUUUAAUGCAGUACCAUUGGAGAGUUAACAGAAUAAUCUAGUAGAAAAAUAACUGGUUGCAUGUAAAAUUCCUUCCAGCCAGAAAGAAAGAAAGACAAGGAGUAAGGGGGAUUUAGAGUUAUGUCUCAGCUACACAUUACAUUGUGAUACUGCAGCUCAAAUUCAGAAUGGCAAUGAUACAUGAUAUCAUGGCCUAGAUCCUUGAGAGGGACCUGGCUUUCCUUUUUAAAAGAUAUUUUACUGAAGAGCUAAAAAAUGGCUAGUGUGGGGUUAGCAGAUCGAAUAACUUGAAAUAGACCAUGCAGUAUUCCUAGCACUCAAUGUAAUCACCCUAUUUGUGACAGAGAAAGGGAAAAAAAUAUAAUAAGAUCAUCUACCUAUAAUUUGAAUAAUUUUGAGCUAUCAAAAUGUCUUUGUAAUUUUCACAACCGUUGUCCAUUGUUUGAGGAUGUUACCUACUAAACUGAAAACAUUCAUUCCAUAUCUACUUACACAUACACCAGCAACAGUAUAAAUGUAAGCCUAACUUUGCAAAAUUCGUAAUAAUUUAGUGAUGGAAUUUUUUAAUAACAUGCAGUAUAUAAAUGUGCAGAUUUUAUGCGUGUUGACAAAAUCAUUUUUCAGCUUGCAAAAUGGGACUGCAAUAUUACAUUUUUCACUUAAGCAGUUUUUUACAUCUGCGUUGUUGCUUUCUAAAAUGAAUGUGAAUGCCAUCUUUUAUGACUGCAACUUGCCUUUUCCAUUACAGAAAUUUUUGUUUGAUGUAAUCAAUAAACUUUGGUAUGAUAUGAUUGA